AUGGAUGAAUUCGAUGAAAUAGCAUAUAAAAAGGAAAAGGAAGAUUGGGUUACUGGUCACAGCGGUGGCUCUAUGUGGGAAAUUAACUUUGUCACCGGAGUUAUUUUAUCAUCGUAUAUUCUUUGGUCAGCUCUAGCAAAGUAUACAAAAGUAUUUAAUUAUGCAGCAAAUGAUAUAGGAACUUUAAUUUUAGAAUUCAUGAUCAUAGUACUACCAAGUGUAUUUGCCUGUACAGUGUUGUCAUCCUACGCUUUUUAUAUAAACUUUUCACUUAUUUCUUUAUCGAUUAUUAUAAAUUCUAAAUUUGCACCAAAGCCAACUAAAGAAGAACAAGAGGCGCUAAAGAAAAAGAGUAAAUGGGAAAAAGGAUCAGAUGACGAAGAUGGUUUGGAAGGGUUGCUAAUUAAAGAAGGAUUUGAUGGAAUUGACGGUGAAAAUUCUAAAAUCAAAUUAAAUAAUCAAAGGAAACCUUUUCUUAGCGUUUAUAGAGCUAGCAUGAUGAUGUUAACUUGUAUAUCCAUUUUGGCGGUUGAUUUUUUUGUUUUUCCGAGAAGAUUUGCAAAAUCUGAAACAUUUGGAACUUCUUUAAUGGAUUUGGGAGUUGGAUCUUUUGUAUUUUCCUCAGGCAUCGUAGCUGCAAAACCAUUCUUGAAGAGACCCGAGAAUAGAUUUAAACCACUGAAAGGGCAGCUAGUUAAGGCUGUAAAGCAAUCCUUUCCGAUUUUAUCACUUGGAUUCAUAAGAUUAAUUAUGGUAAAAGGAGUUGAUUAUCAGGAACAUGUUACCGAAUAUGGAGUACAUUGGAAUUUCUUUUUUACACUUGGAUUCCUUCCUAUAUUUGUUACCUUUUGUCGGUCCUUACAAAAAUAUACUAGAUUCUCGAUUGUGGGAUUGUUCAUUGCUAUUUUUUAUCAAAUCGCGCUUUGGAGAUUUGGACUUGAGGAUUAUAUUCAAAAUGCGCCUCGUACAAACAUUAUUAAUGCAAAUAGAGAAGGGAUAGCUAGUUUUUGGGGAUAUUUGUCAAUAUUUUUAUUUGCAUUAGAUAUAGGACAUUACGUUUUACCAUUAGAUCCAUAUUUUGCUUUCAGACAAAAUCGUCAAACAAAGAAACCAAAACCAAAAAAAUUAUUAAUGAUAUUAUUUUCUUGGUCAAUAUUAUUUUGGACGGGAUUCCUAUUUACUUUAAUAUCAAAUAUAAAAGUAUCAAGACAAAUGGCCAAUUUAAGUUAUGUUUUUUGGGUGAUUUCUGUUAAUACGACUUUCCUUUCAUUAUUUCAAGCGGUUGAAUUAUAUUAUUUUACAAAUUAUUGGAAGGUGUAUGAAAAAACCGUGCCUAAUUUAAUUGAAGCUUUAAAUGAUAAUGGAUUAACAAUCUUUCUCGUG